AUGCAAACUACCCAAUCAGUGCUCAGAAUCGACCACGAACGAAGACUUUCUCAUCACUCCCUACCGGACACCCACGACGGCCCUAGUCCAGCCAAACUUCGGAGAAGAGCCUCCCAAGGUUCUCUCCGUACAAGACCUUCCCCGGUAUCCCGCUUCUUGUCUAAAGGCAGCGUCCCCGUGCACUUUCCUUCCUGGGACCAACGCAGCUCCUCCCCGCUUCGCUCGGAAUCGCGUAUCCGAUCCAACGAGUCUCGUCUUCGUCUCUCCACCAAUAUCUCUUGCGGGUCGAGACAGGUGGUGACGCAUUCGUCUAAUUUGUCGCCCUGGAACUCUCCUCUUUCCUCCCAGGAAGACUACCCUGCCAAUCUCCCACCAACUCCACCAGAAGACGAUAGUCAUAUUGUGUGGGGCGGAAAAUCAGAUAUGCUGCUCUUUGAUGCACAACCGCCACAGUAUCCGGGUUCGUCAGUUAUGAUGCGGUCGGACCCCAGAAUGAAUACCUCGCCGACCGGCCCAGAUAUCCUUAAUGGCACAUCCGAUGGCUUGUCUCAUGAUUCAACUUCUAGCUCCAGAGGAAGCCCCGGUGUUCAAGACGAGAUGGACUGCCAACAGGAUGUGGGGUUCUGGUUAGAUCAUGGAAUCAAUGUGACUGUCUCGUCUUUGGCAAUCUCAAAUCCUCGAGGUGAUGCUGUCAAGAUCGUUUCCCAGACACUACCAUAUCCGCGGACAUCCGACCAGUCGAUGUCUGGUCCCAAAAAUAACACCAUCUUCACAUCUGUCGUCCAGGCCGUACACAAUCACUUGCAGCCGGGCCAGUCUCCCUAUAUUAAUGUCACUCACGCCGUCCCGGAACAAUUCAGCCUGUCCAACCUACCUCAUUCUCCUCCUAGCACACCUCGCUCCUUUACUGCCGCCGAUGACUACUUCAACGCGACCGUCUUUUCCAGCGCCGCCGUGGUCGGGGCGUACCACGACUUUCGUGGCCCACUCCAACGAAAUAUCUCCCACGCCCCCAUGCCCAUUGUUCCUCCCCACAGUGUUCAUCUCUCGGUUUUGGAGCGAUAUCUUCCCCCGCCAUCUGCACAAGAGUACCGAGACGUGUUUUGUCCCACCCGUCCCUCCUUCCUCGUGGAUCGCCUGUGCGAGCUAGCCCCGAACGGCGGCUCGCUUCUUUUCAUCUACCCGACCAAGAGGGGUGCAUCCACAUUCAAAUCCCAAUAUCUGGGUCCUAUUCUCGAUCCACUCCUCCGACAACUAGUUGUUGUAAACGGCUUGUCAGCCGACGUGGGCCGUUACUUAGGCAAGCUGUCCACAGUCUCCCAAAUGGAUGAUUUCGCCACCAUGAAGGCGAACAUUGUUGCUUUGUGCGAGUCACUAAGCUCAACGUCUUCUCGCUUCGAAGUGGCUGAUGCAGGCAAGGCGAGUGCCAAGUUGGAUCGCAAUCUUUGGGUGGAAUGGUUCAUCCACCAAGAAAAAGCUCGCAUGAAGGAAGUUCUCAGCUUAUACUGGCAGAACGGCCGACGUCCCCCGUUGAAGAAUGCUAGUGGACCUAGCGGUCUCAUGGCCGAUAAUAAGGAUGUCACAUCGGCUAUGCUUCUCAGUGAAAUAUUCGAGGGCAUUCGUAAGAGGCCAUAUGGUGAGGACAGUGAGCCUCACGAUGGAGUCGAGCUGGGCGUGUUUGUGAUCCGACGCACCCAAUAA